GUGAGUGAGUGAGAGAAGAGAGGAGAGGAGAGGAGAGGAGAGAGGAGAGAAGAGGAGAGGAGAGGAGAGGAGAGGAGGAGGAGGGAGAAGGGAACAACCUACCAUCUUAACACACUAAUAUCUAAAAAGUGCGAGAGGCCCAGAGCAGCAGCAGAAGCAGCAGCAGCAGCUCCAGCUUCUUCCCUCCCUCCCCAUGAAGAAGAGUUCCCUCCUCCUCCUCCUCCUGCUUCUCCUGCUCAGAGUUCCUGCCUCCAGCUGCCAGGGGGGACAGCCAGCCAGCAGCAGGAGGGGAGCAAGAGAGCUGAAGGAGGGUCAGUUUUCCCCAAAUUGGACUUCUCAGAACCUUUAAUAUGCUAAUGUGCAUUGUGAAUCUCCAAGAGGGGGAUAUGAUAUGCAGCAUUCUUGAAUACUUCUAAUGACAGGGAGCCCACUACCUCAUAAGCUGCAGUGAGAAGAGGAGUUUGUUAUUUUAAACGGAGGCUGAAGAAACUAUAGAAUUAGCAGAUAUAAGAGAAAGUGGAGAAGGUAGAGGAUGGAGUUGCAGACUCUACAGGAAGCUCUUAAAGUGGAAAUUCAGGUUCACCAGAAAUUGGUUGCUCAAAUGAAACAGGAUCCACAGAAUGCUGAUUUAAAGAAACAGCUUCAUGAACUCCAAGCCAAAAUCACAGCUUUGAGUGAGAAACAGAAAAGAGUAGUUGAACAGCUACGGAAGAACCUGAUAGUAAAGCAAGAACAACCAGACAAGUUCCAAAUACAGCCAUUGCCACAAUCAGAAAACAAACUACAAACAGCACAGCAGCAACCACUACAGCAGCUACAGCAACAGCAGCAGUACCACCACCACCACACCCAGUCGGCUGCACCCUCUCCCAAUCUGACUGCUUCACAGAAGACUGUAACUACAGCUUCUAUGAUUACCACAAAGACACUACCUCUCGUCUUGAAAGCAGCAACUGCGACCAUGCCUGCCUCUGUUGUGGGCCAGAGACCUACCAUUGCUAUGGUGACCGCCAUCAACAGUCAGAAGGCUGUGCUCAGCACUGAUGUGCAGAACACACCAGUCAACCUCCAGACGUCUAGUAAGGUCACUGGGCCUGGGGCAGAGGCUGUCCAAAUUGUGGCAAAAAACACAGUCACUCUGCAGGUUCAGGCAACACCUCCUCAGCCCAUUAAAGUACCACAGUUUAUCCCUCCUCCUAGACUCACUCCACGCCCAAACUUUCUUCCACAGGUUCGACCCAAGCCUGUGGCCCAGAAUAACAUUCCUAUUGCCCCAGCACCUCCUCCCAUGCUUGCAGCUCCUCAACUUAUCCAGAGGCCCGUCAUGCUGACCAAGUUCACCCCCACGACCCUCCCUACCUCCCAGAAUUCCAUUCAUCCCGUCCGUGUCGUCAAUGGGCAGACUGCAACAAUAGCCAAAACGUUCCCCAUGGCCCAGCUCACCAGCAUUGUGAUAGCUACUCCAGGGACCAGACUUGCUGGACCUCAAACUGUACAGCUUAGCAAGCCAAGCCUUGAAAAACAGACAAUUAAGUCCCACACAGAAACAGAUGAGAAACAAACAGAGAGCCGCACCAUCACUCCACCUGCUGCACCCAAACCAAAACGGGAGGAGAACCCUCAGAAACUUGCUUUCAUGGUGUCUCUGGGGUUGGUGACACAUGACCAUCUAGAAGAAAUCCAAAGCAAGAGGCAAGAGCGAAAAAGAAGAACUACAGCAAAUCCGGUGUACAGUGGAGCGGUCUUCGAGCCAGAGCGUAAGAAGAGUGCAGUCACAUACCUGAACAGUACAAUGCAUCCGGGGACCCGGAAGAGAGGUCGUCCUCCAAAAUACAAUGCAGUGCUGGGGUUUGGAGCCCUUACCCCAACAUCCCCCCCAUCCAGUCAUCCUGAGUCCCCUGAAAAUGAAAAGACAGAGACCACAUUCACUUUCCCUGCACCUGUUCAGCCUGUGUCCCUGCCCAGCCCCACCUCCACAGACGGUGAUAUCCAUGAGGAUUUUUGCAGUGUUUGCAGAAAAAGUGGUCAGCUGCUGAUGUGUGACACAUGUUCCCGUGUGUAUCAUCUAGACUGCUUAGACCCGCCUCUGAAAACAAUUCCCAAGGGCAUGUGGAUCUGUCCCAGAUGUCAGGACCAGAUGCUGAAGAAGGAAGAAGCAAUUCCAUGGCCUGGAACUUUAGCAAUUGUUCAUUCUUAUAUUGCCUACAAAGCAGCAAAAGAAGAAGAGAAACAGAAGUUACUUAAAUGGAGUUCAGAUUUAAAACAAGAAAGAGAACAACUAGAGCAAAAGGUGAAACAGCUCAGCAAUUCUAUAAGUAAAUGCAUGGAAAUGAAGAACACCAUCCUGGCCCGGCAGAAGGAGAUGCACAGCUCCCUGGAGAAGGUAAAACAGCUGAUUCGCCUCAUCCAUGGCAUCGACCUCUCCAAACCUGUAGACUCUGAGGCCACUGUGGGGGCCAUGUCCAAUGGCCCGGACUGCACCCCCCCUGCCAAUGCCACCACCUCCACGCCGGCGCCCUCCCCCCCCUCUCAGAGCUGCACAGCGAACUGUAACCAGGGGGAAGAGACUAAAUAACAGAGCCCUGCUAGGAGAAGCCACGGGAUCCCGGCGGCAAGGAGAGCAAAACACUGAAGACUCUAGAACAGCGAAGCCGGAUUUCUUCUGGAAAGUACAGAAUUCUUUUGGUUCUUUGGUUCCAGAGAGAGAGAAGAUGCUUGUGCCAGGUGGCACCAGAGUUUGCCAAUUGAUCCUUCUUAUUCUGUGUGUACAUGCAAAGAUUGGACCAUGUUACAUGAAAUAGUGCCAGCUGGAGGUUCUUUGCCAGCACCAUGCCAAGUGAAAUAAUAUAUUUACUCUCUCUAUUAUA